GGCGAAGUGAGGACAUAGUUCAGCUUGCUAAGAUCUGAAUCUAGAGCUUAUCAAAGCACUGUUUUACAGAUUUUUGAUGGACUGGCAACCGCUGGGAAUCAUUUUUCAACACUUGGACAUCGGGGUCAACAUGUGCCACUAAAACAAUUUGACAAGCUAAAUCUUCACUGGAGAUAUCCAGCAGUUUCUGAUGAGUUUCUGCAUUGCCUGAGAGAGAGACAUGGAUGCUUUUGAGGGAAUUCACAGCAUCCAGAUUUCCUCGUCUCCACCGUCUUCAGCUACAUCCAGCCGGGGAUAUGAAGUCCUCAAGGCGGGGAGAUCUGGAAUAGCAGUAUACUCCUCGGCAGUCUUCUUUGGGACACCUGAUGCGCGGGGACAGGCAGCUUCUAGACACAAAUCCAGCAGAGAAACUGAGGAGGAAGGCUGCGUUGUUGGACGGUUGGUAGAUCUGGAUCCAGAGCCAGAGUCCAGAGUGGAGGGAGGAGACCGGGCUGGCCCCACCUCAGGCAGGGACCAUGGUGACCUCUCCCGGCUCCGCAGCUCCUCACUGGAAAUCAGAGAAAAAGAAAUCAGAGAAAAGGGCUCAGAGAUCCUCAGGGAGCAGCUGGACGCUGCAAAGAGGGAACUGAAACUCAAAGACAAGGAGUGUGAGCGUCUGUCGCAGGUCAGGAAUCAGCUGGAGCAGGAGCUGGAGGAGCUGACGGCCAGUCUGUUUGAGGAAGCUCACAAGAUGGUGCGCGAAGCGAACGUCAAACAAGCAGCAGCAGAGAAACAACUGAAGGAGGCUCAGGGGAAGAUUGACGUUCUGCAAGCAGAGGUGACGGCGCUCAAGACUCUGGUGUUAACAUCCACACCUUCUUCACCAAACCGCCAGCUGCACCCACAGCUGCAGCCUUCAGGAACCAGGGGAGCGUACAAACAUGUCGGGGGACACAUCCGCAACAAGAGCGCGAGUGGUGCCUUUCCAUCCUCACCUGGAAAGCCGGAGCCUUCCUCAGUCUCCAUUCACCCUGUGGCCAAAGAGGACAAAGAGCCUGCUGUUCCUGCUCUCCUCUCUCUCAUUCUCUGCCUGGUUCCUGGACAGUCUGUCAGCGUGACCUAUGACUCUUAUUGGCAGGGAGAGGGGUUAGGCACUGACAGCACACAGAUGGACUCAGUUCUGUAUGCAGAGUUUUUGAUGUGGAAGGAGCAUCCGAGUCUAGACCGCUCCUCCGCCUUCCUGAGUCGUAUCUACAGAGAAGACAUCGGACCCUGUCUCUCCUUCACACGAUCUGAGCUUUCCCAGCUGGUGCAGAGCGCAGUGGAAGACAACUCUCUGACCAUCGAGCCUGUGGCCACGUCUGCGUUACCGAUGGUUAAAGCCUCAGCUAUAGAAUGUGGAGGCCCUAAUGGCUUUAGGGCAGCAAUAGAGACAAAAUGCGCAUUAAGCGGCAUGUCACGGCUCUGUCGACAUCGCAUUAAACUUGGUGACAAGGAGAGCUACUAUUACAUCUCUCCUUCCAGCCGAGCACGGAUCACAGCAGUUUGCAAUUUCUUUACUUACAUCCGCUACAUCCAGCAGGGCCUGGUGAGACACGAUGCGGAGCAGAUGUUCUGGGAGGUGAUGCGUCUCCGCAGAGAAAUGACUGUGGUAAAGUUAGGUUUCUACCUCACUGACCAGGGCUAGAGGACCUGACAGUCCACUGAAACACCCGACAGGACAAGCAUGAUCCCAGGGCCUUGAUUAUUCAGACGAGUCUGAGUUCAACUGUGGUAACAAACAGGUCUUGGAUCAGUUUUUGUAGCAGAGGUUGCACAGCAUUAGUGCUGCAGCAGAGGUCAGCCAACAAGGGAAGCAGAAAAGUUUCUAGUGCCACUUUCACAGCUAGAAAAAAAUAAAAACAACACAAUUUUAAAGAUAGUGUUACUCCCAGAUAUGUAAAAUAUAUUCUUCUGUUAUACUGCAGGCCUCCAUUAUUCUCUGCACUAGUGAGGAGAAUAGUUUCUGUUUUUUAUCUUGUGAGCUCUGAACCUCCCCGGUGGAGUAAACUCAACUACUCAUGUUAACACAAUAGAUUCUAUGUAUCAUGUUUCUGGCAUUAGAGUGUUGGAAAGACGAGCACAGGAUGAAAGCAGUCGAGAGAGUUUUGUUGGUCUCUUACCUCAAGCAUUACAUACUUAGAAAACUAUGUAUGUAAGUUGUAAGAUAUGUGAGAUUGAUAAUAUCCAUGUAGUUUCCAUAGAACAGUGAUUUGGGUUGUUUUCUUUAUUUUAACAUAAAAGUAAUGCUCACUAGAAUCUCUCAGUUGCUUUCAGUUACUGGCUCAAACACCACAGCCAAGACUUUUUGUCUCAGCAUGGCCUUAAUUUUGUUGAUGCAUUCUUGCACUACCUGUUCUAAAGGCCUUGUAUAAAAACACAAAUGAAACAGCUGCAGCCUCUUGCGAGAAAAACUGUUUCACAAUAGCCUGUAUUUAAUGAUCAGAUGUAUUGUUGAUGAAAUAAUUAUUGUACCUCCACAUUCAAAAUAAUGACAGCUUUACAGUGUAAACGGAAAACAAACAAGCUUUAAUACAAGUGAUCGCAAUAUGCACAACUGUUGCAACUAUAGUUUUGCACAUCUGCAAUGAAUAGUAUGUACACACAGUAUAAGCCAUAAAUGACUUUGCAUGAAAGCAGUACAUAGCCAUAUUAUGCAGUGUAUAUUGGUUGUACCUCAUAGUGAAGAUUUAUGACUAUUAAUGAACAAUUUUUGAAGAAAACGGUCUUUUGAAAGUAAAAAUGAAGAAUAUUGUGUCAGAAAGUGCAAUAACUGCUUCUUAGCCUUAUCUAGGGCUUUGAGGUUCCUAACCUCAGCGUGCUGAUAAUUAACUGCAUUAAACACUCCAUUAAAAAUGAGGCAUUCUAGCCU